CGAACAAAGAAAGGAGAACAUGAUUUGUGAUGACCAUAACGAAUCAAACUCUCCUAUCUUGACAGCCAUACUAGGAUCUCCACGGACAGCAUCCCCAUCUCUCCCACAACAAGAAGUCAAUGCUUCAGAGCAUGACAACACACUCGCAUCACUAAUAGGAUCUGAGAACAGGGGAAGUGAGUUGACCUCACCAGUUGGUGAUCCUGAAGAGGCCAGACCAUCUGUUGAAGAAGACAAACAAAGAAAGGAGAACAUGAUUUGUGAUGACCAUAACGAAUCAAACUCUCCUAUCUUGACAGCCAUACUAGGAUCUCCACGGACAUCAUCCCCAUCUCUCCAACAACAAGAAGUCAAUGCUUCAGAGCAUGACAACACACUGGCAUCACUAAUAGGAUCUGAGAACAGGGGAAGUGAGUUGGAAAUUCAAGAAGAUGUUGAAGCUGAUAGAGAGUUAAGAACACAAGAUGCCUUGCACAUAUUAUCAAAAGUAUGUGAUGACUAUGAAAUCAGAAACAAUGAAGAAGCAAUCAAGGCCACAAACACCAUUGUUGAUAUCAUAAAUGAACAGGAAGAUAGGGAGGAUGCAGCUGCAUGCUCAAUUGUUGAAUAUAUGAUGCAAGAGGGUCUUGAAACAAUGGAUGACACACCUCCUGAAUGGAACGUGCAAAAACAAGGAUAUAAAUGGAUAGAGAAGAUGCAUGAGGAAAAAGAAAAAACUCCUGAAAACACAGAGAGAAGAAUGACUGUCUACCAGAACCCUGUUCCUAUCUCUGAGAUUCCACUGGCUGAAGCUAGAGAGAGACGGACUCAUGCUGAAAUGCGCCCCAGCCCAGUGCUACGAUCACCAUUUGAAAUACGAGCUGUGCAUAUGAAACCAACCCUGAACCUGGAUGAAAGAGAUAUCUACUACUACAUAGUAGAAACUGAAGGAACAAAAGAUGAUACAUGUGCUUACACUAAUGGCUUUGUUUGGGCAAGCAAAGGAGUGUUUUCAUCUCUGAAACCCCAUACAGAAAUCAGUAUAGGUGUAAUUGAUGUAUGGGCAACAUACCUGAACUUCAGAGAAAAUGAAAGGGCAGAAACGUCACCUCCACGACUUAUUUGA